AUGUCGUCCACCAGCAACGCCUCCAUUGACAAGUUCAACGGAGACAAUUACGCAACGUGGAGCCGGUACAUGCGCGGUGUGUUUUUGACGAAGUCCGUCUGGCACGUCGUCAACCGUGAAGUGACUCCGACUUUCACCGACCCGCGAGCGUCCGAUGACUACGUCAAGGCAAGCAACGUCGCGUUUGGUAUGAUGCUGCUGCACAUGAACGCGGACUACCAUCAUGUGCUGGACAACUGCGAGGAAGCCUGGGUUGCGUGGACAAGUCUGAAGACGCUGUACGGUGGGUCGCAGAAGGCAGGACGCAUCUACCUCAAGCGACAACUUUUCAGUAUCAAGAUGGCUGAAGGCGCGAACGUCAUGCAUCACUGCAACGAGGUCCUCAACAUCUCCGCCAAGCUUAGCGGCAUCGGUGCGAAGAUGGAAGACGAAGACGUUGCAAUUUGUCUGCUACUCAGUCUUCCGAAGAGCUACGAAAAUGUGGUGCUCAACAUGGAAAUGAGCAGCACCGAGCUUCGCACUCAAGAUGUGGUGAGAGUCCUGACGAAUGAGCAUGCCAAGCGUCAAGGAGAAAAAGGGACAACGACAGCGACUACGGUGAAGGCUGAAGAUGCAAGCAAGGCAUUCAGCGCCGAGCGUGAGCCCUACCAAUGCACGUAUUGUGGCAAGGUGGGACACACGGUGGAUCGUUGCUGGACAAAGCAGAAGAACGAAGGUCGGGGAGCCCGACGCGGCGGCAAUGGUCGUGGACGCGGGGCUAACAAUGUCCAGUGGGGACAUCAUGAUGAAGGCAAUGGCUACGAUCGAGUGGCGUUUGCAGUCUCGUUCGAAUGUGGAGUUUCGACGAGCAAGGACGUGUCUGGAAUGUGGGCCGUCGACAGUGGUGCAACGCACCACAUUUGCCACGACAAGACCAAGUUCGCAAGUUUGGCAGAGCGCAAUGAGGGCGAACUCUUGGUGGCUGAUGGCAACAAGGUGGCCAUCAAGGGUGUGGGAACCAUCAUGGAAAAGGUGGUUCUGCCCAACGGUGAAGAGCGUGAGAUCGAAAUCAAGAACGCGCUAUAUGUUCCAAGUAUGAGCAAGAACCUGCUCUCGGUACCACAGAUUAACAGCCAUGGCAAGUUUCAAGUCGUGUUUGACGGGUCCAAGAUGUAUGUGGCUCUCAAGAACUCACAGCAAGUGGUGGCGACAGCGGAUCUCGUGGAUGGACUCUACUGGCUUCGGACAACUCAACGAUCAGCGAAUGUGACAACAAGUGGAACCAGUUGUGCCGAUCUACAUGCGAGAAUGGGUCAUGCUCCAGUCGAUGUACUUCGCAAGAUGAUCGCGACCAACAUGAUCAAGGAUGUGCGAGUCCUUCUUGUUGAAAAGACAGCGGCUGUGAAGAAGACACCUCGUCAAGCUGCGUCAAGUGUUGAAGCAAGUGGAAGACCAAGCUUCGCUAUACCGGUGGGUACUGGUAUGUACCAGUAA